UCUCUCUCGCUCUCUCUACACACACACUCUCACACACUCCUACCACACAUACUCCUCCUAUCACUCCUCCCUCACUCGGUUGCUUGCUUACUCUCUCCAUCCGCCUCAGUUUCUCCGUGUCUUGUGUAAAAGUGCCCGGCUGGAUCUGUCGCAUCCAUGGCGCGGCGCUUCCGCUCGCAGCAUCUCUCUCUCGUCCCGUUAGACCUGGACGUAAUAUAGGAAGGAGAAGGAGACUGGCCCAAAACUUAUCGAGCAUCGCAGUCGUCGGUACCCCCGUAUCUAGCGCUCUGAAAGUUUUGUCGCUCUCACCUCGAACACCGUGUUCCCUCUGAAGCCAUCCGUCUUCCUGAUGGACGGGGAUGUGUGUGUGCGGCUCCGGUGCGGAUCUGCAGCUCGGCCGCCGCGGCACAGGAGGAGGAGGAGAUCCGAGCUGCUCGGAGUGCGGAUGUGUGUGAUGGGGCUGCUGCUCGCCGUGCUGUCCGGACUGGCCAACUGGACUCAUCGUUCGAGCGAUGCCAUGUCCAGUGCAUCCUCCGCGGUCAGUGAGACAUGGGAGAGCCGCAGGCUUCUGCAACACUUCAUCAAUGAGACUGAGGAGCUGAAGCCUGCGAGGAACUGCACUCAACCAGGUGUACAUGAGUUUCCUGAUGAUAUUUUUACAAAUCAGGAGCGAAUGGAAGGAGCUGUGGCCCUGCACAUUGUUGGUGCCAUGUACAUGUUCUACGCCCUGGCCCUGGUGUGUGAUGACUACUUUGUGCCAUCCUUGGAGAAGAUUUGUGAGCGGCUUCAUCUCAGUGAAGAUGUGGCUGGAGCAACAUUCAUGGCAGCCGGCAGCUCAGCACCUGAACUCUUCACCUCUGUCAUAGGAGUGUUUAUCACAAAGGGAGAUGUGGGAGUAGGGACAAUCGUAGGUUCUGCAGUCUUUAACAUCCUAUGCAUCAUUGGAGUGUGUGGGAUCUUCGCUGGGCAGGCCGUGCGCCUCUCCUGCUGGACUUUAAUGAGGGACUCGAUGUACUACACUGUCUCAGUGGCCACUCUGAUUGUGUUUAUCUAUGAUGAGAAGGUUACAUGGUGGGAAUCUCUUGUCCUAAUUUUGAUGUACGUGGUGUACAUUUUAAUAAUGAAGUGUAACUCGUAUGUGGUGCACUAUUUUGAACGGAGGAAGAAGAAAGCUACAAACCUAGGAAAUGGUACGGCGAGCAGUACAGACCUUGAUGAUGGAUGUGAUGCUACGGCUGUGCUACUCAAAAAAGCGAAUUUCCACAGGAAGCCGUCAGUACUGAUGGUGGAUGAGUUGCUGUCUGCGUACCCACACCAGCUCUCCUUCUCUGAAGCUGGCAUGAGGAUCAUGAUCACCAGUCACUUUUCUCCACGCACCCGACUUACCAUGGCCUCCCGCAUGCUUAUUAUGGAGAGGCAACGUCUCAUCAACGGUCAUUUCAGUAACGGGGACUCUGAGGUGAUAGUCAAAUUUCCUGUAAGACGUGGAAUGGAGAAUGGCAUUGUGGGUGUAGAGCGAGGCCUGAACACAUGGAGGAAUGGGCAUCGUGAUGAUGACACACGGGGGGCAGAUCCUGGCACUGAUACAGAGAAUGAGAAUGAGGAUAACGAGAACAAUGAGAAUGAUGAAGAGGAGGAGGAGGAAGAUGAGAACGAAGGACCUUUUAUUCCUUUCCACUGCCCAGGGGGCAUGUGCAAUAAGGUGAAGUGGCUAUCGGCAUGGCCGCUGACUCUGCUGCUUUUCUUUACGGUGCCAAACUGUGCCUCGCCUCGCUGGGAGCGCUGGUUCAUGGUCACCUUCAUCACCUCCACACUCUGGAUUGCUGGCUUCUCUUACAUCAUGGUGUGGAUGGUGACAGUCAUCGGCUACACUUUGGGCAUCCCAGAUGUUAUCAUGGGCAUUACCUUUUUGGCUGCAGGCACCAGUGUCCCUGACUGCAUGGCCAGUCUUAUUGUAGCACGGCAAGGCCUCGGUGACAUGGCCGUGUCUAACUCCAUUGGCAGUAAUGUUUUCGAUAUACUGGUUGGUCUGGGCCUGCCCUGGGCUCUCCAGACUUUGGCUAUUGACUACGGCUCAAUCAUUCAUCUCAACAGCAAAGGCCUCAUUUUCUCUGUUGGACUACUCUUAGCAUCUGUCUUUCUCACGGUUCUGGGUGUGCAUCUGAAUAAGUGGACCCUGGACAAGCGUCUAGGCUUCGUGUGUCUCCUGAUGUAUGCUGUUUUCCUGUGUUUCUCCAUCCUUAUUGAAUUCAAUGUCUUCAUCUUUGUCAAUCUGCCCACUUGUCAGUGACACCACACUUGGUCACUACCCUUUCUUGGUCAGCUCCAUGAGGACUUGUCAUUCCUUGUCUAAGGAAGAUCUGACCUGUCCUUUCAAAAACUUCCUUCCUUCUUGAUCCAGUAAAUCCUCCCUUUUUUCCACAUGUGAUGGAGCAUUUGGUCAGUGGUUUUGGCCAGUGGAAAGAGGAAAGGAGAGGAGCACAUGUGCAUGGUGGAUCUAUUCAAAGAUGCAAACUUCUUUGACAGGACCGGGAGAUGGACAAAGAUGACUACUGCCUGGUUUGAUGUGAAAGCGAGAAGGUUUGAAAAUUUUAUAUGAAUAUUAAUAACGGAGUUGUUAUUGAAAUAUCAAGAAUUUUAUGUCUGUGUGUUUUAACUACAUUUGUUUUUAUUAGCUGCUAAACUGGCUCAGAAAAGGUCAAACUGAAGACCAUGGCCAUGAUGUACUGAGUACUUAUAAAUACACAACAAAUAUGAUUCUGAACGAAUUCUUAAGAGAUUAUUUUAUGAGUAGCUAAAAGGUACUGGUGACCUGUUAUACAUAUAUAUAUAUAUAUAUUCUUAUGGACAAUACUGAUGUGGUUGGUCAUGUGACUGGAGAUUAUAAUGGGCAUUAAACCCAGAUUAUGUAGUGCAAAGCUCCCUCACCAGCUCUGUCUGGAUGCCAGGGAUUAUGAGAAUUGGGGAUUUAUUAAUAUGCUAAAUAAGAGUGUGUUUCCUUAUUGACGAGAUGGCGACAGUAGGAAAGGUUGAAAUAUUGCUGUAGAUAAACAUUUAAUUAUAUUUAUAGUUACCUAGCUCUGGACAUAUUUUCCCAUGAAGGUCGUGGGGAACAUGUAAGUAUCAGUGGCACUUGGUAGAAUGAACUAUUUCAAUCAGGGUUGCAGUCCUCUUGCCAAAAGUAAACUAUUUAUGGUCAAACUAAAAAUGAAA